GUGUUUCUUCAUUUGAUUUGAGCCCCGGGUCACCUUUAUUUUGCAUAUCAACGAAGACAGGCUGUGGGAGGUGGAGACAGAAUCUAAACAAAAGUGAAAAGAGGGCUUCCCUGGUGGCGCACUGGUUGAGAGUCCGCCUGCCGAUACAGGGGACACGGGUUCGUGCCCCGGUCCGGGAAGAUCCCACAUGCCGCAGAGCGGCUGGGCCCGUGAGCCAUAGGCCCGCGUACCGCAAAAAAAAAAAAAAAAAAGUGAAAAGAGCUCCCAUGCUUCAAGGGUCUCCCUUUUUGUGGGGUCGGCUCUUUUCUGCUGGCCUGUGCUCUAGCCUGUGUCUCCAAAGGGCCUCCGCAGGGUCCUGGCUGAGGGGUGGGCCUUGGGUUUUGGUGGUUUGCCCACGUGUUGAAGCCAGAGCACGUUCACGGGCGCUCUGUUGGGGCCUUCUGAGCUGGAACCAGAUUCCUGCAGGGGCUGCCUCCUGGGCCGAGACAGACUGAGCAGUGCAGGUGGCGAGGUGGGACCCUGGAGCCAGGAAAAGGCUGCUGGACAAACUGCACCCUUUCAGCCAGUCUCUCUGCCUCUAAAAUCAGGGUUGGACCAGGUACCUUCCUGCCCAAAACACAAGUAGUUGCUAUAAAAAAAGGUGCAGUGUUAUUGGUACCUACCUUUUGUAACAGUGAAUUCCCUUCCCCCUCAUGACUUGCCCUCAAUUCGCCAGCAUUUCCUGAGCACUUACCCUAGUCCCAGGCCUGUGCUGGGCAGGAGGGGACCCCAGCGGUUUGUUAGGAUAAAAAGGUCCUCGUGUACUGGGUGAAAGGAGCACGAGGUGGAAACACCCUGGCUCCGGCCCUGCCAGCCUCUGCGGGCAGUGAACUCACCUGGGCAAGUCAGUUGCCCGUCUGAGUCCAUGUCUCCCCCUGGAAAGUGAAGACCAGGAAACAUGGCUCCGACUUCCACAGUCUUGGUGGGGGACUGGGUGGAGAGGCAUGCCCAGCUCAUAGCCACCAGAGUGUAAUGUCCCCUCCAUCCUGGCUGCAAGAUCUGCAGGCCGCCUGGCCACCGUCGCUCUGCGGAGGGACAGCCAGUACUUUUCCGUGACCCUCCCUUGCCCUUAUGGGUUAUGGGCAGAGCUGUGAGUCACCACGGCCAGACCCAGACCUGCAGCCAUUCUUCUGCCGAGCCUGCUGUGCGCCCAGGUGUGGGGGAGGGCCACAGGCAUCUGCUGACCCAGGAAUGGGGCCCCCCAGCCCCCCGCGAGCCGGGGACCCCGGUGCCUUGGAAAGGAUGCGGAGUGUUUUACAGUAAAUUUCAGCUCUUUUCUGUCUGCAGGAACUUCCCAGCUGCAAAACCAUUCCCCUUCCUUACCUCGUUAGGGCCUCCUCCAGUCCCUCUGUGAGGCGGGAGUGGUCAUCCCCAUUUCACAGCUGGGCGAAGGCACGCCCUGUACUGUCCCCUCCCUCCUGUCAGGUUUGGGGGUAGAGGGCUGGGAUACGGGGUUCUGGGUGGAAGCCCAAGGUGUGAGUCCCAGCCUCUGAGCUGCUCUCUUCUCAUCUCCAAACUGGAGGGAGGAUAGUGGCUUCACCCUGGGAUCGGGGGCUGGUGGGGGGGUUAAAGGCGCCGUCCCAAAAAGUGCCCGAGCUCCCCUGUGGAUGGACCUGGUCGGCUCCACAGCCCUUCCCGCCCCAGCUUCUCUGCCUGGAGUCCUUGCACCACCACGGCAUGGCCACACGUUUAAAUCUUCCCCUUCCUUCACCGCUCACCUCAGGUGACGGCUUCCCCGUAAAGUCUUAUCCGGCCCUCCAGGCCCCCGCACCGCUUACCUGGUCCUCUCAGAUGGCCCCUCUGCCACUCGGGGCAAGGUCAUGAGCGAUUCAUCCUCACACCCCCAAGUGCCUGUCCUGCGCAGCACAUCCAAGCUGCUGGUGCCUGAACAGAUGGCUGAUUUCCAACUACUGGGAUGAGUUUCUCUUCUGUUUUUAAUAGAGUCGUGAGAAAGGUUUUAGGGGCAGCUGGCCUUCGCUGAGUCCCUGCUCUAUGCCACGGACUCUCUGUGUACUGUUUGGUUGACGUAUCGCUCUCAGCUCUGCUGGAAGGUGGCUGAUGCCCCCUUCCCAGGUUUUCGACGCUGGGGAGAUGUUCGGGAUAAUGCAAGUGCAGGAAGUGGAGGAGGAUGAGAGUGAGGACGAGGCGGCCCGGGAAGCACGGAAGAAGCCCAACCCAGGCGGCCAGCUCUGCUACAAGGUCAUCGUGACCAAUGAGAAUGGGCUCCAGGCGGCGGACCCCAACAGCAUCUUCCUUAUCGACCACGCCUGGACGUGCCGCGUUGCGCACGCCCGCCAGCAGCUGCAGCAGGUGCCCGGGCUGCUGCACCGUAUGGCCAACCUGAUGGGCAUCGAGUUCCACGGCGAGCUGCCCAGCACCGAGGCCGUGGACCUGGUGCUGGAGGAGAUGUGGAAGUUCAACCAGACCUACCAGCUGGCCCACGGGACGGCCGAGGAGAAGGUGCCGGUGUGGUACAUCAUGGACGAGUUCGGCUCGCGCAUCCAGCACGCGGACGUGCCCAGCUUCGCCACCGCGCCCUUCUUCUACAUGCCCCAGCGGGUGGCCUACACGCUGCUGUGGCCCCUGAGGGACCUGGACACGGGCGAGGAGGUGACCCGGGACUUUGCCUACGGAGAGGCCGACCCUCUGAUCCGGAGGUGCGUGCUGCUGCCCUGGGCGCCCGCCGACCUGCUGGACCUCAGCUCCUCCACGCCCGAGCCAGCCGACGAGCACUACCAGGCCAUUUUGGAGGAAAACAAGGAGAAGCUGCCACUGGCCAUCAAGCCGGCGGUGUAUCCCUGCGACCACGUCUUCAAGGUCUACACGGACGUCCAGCAGGUGCUCGGCCACCUCAGCCACCCGCGCUUCACCUUCACCGAGAGCGAGGCGGACGCCCACAUCCUCUACCACUUCUCGCACUUAAAGGACUACAGAAGGCUGAGCCGGGAGAGGCCCAGCGUGCUGCUGAACCAGUUCCCCUGCGAGAACCUGCUGACGGUGAAGGACUGCCUGGCCUCCGUCGCGCGCCGGGCCGGCGGUCCCGAGGGCCCGGCCUGGCUGCCCCGCACCUUCAACCUGCGCACCGAGCUGCCCCAGUUCGUCAGCUGCUUCCAGCAGCGGGAGAGGCGGGGCGAGGACAACCACUGGAUCUGCAAGCCCUGGAACCUGGCCCGCAGCCUGGACACCCACAUCACCAAGAACCUGCACAGCAUCAUCCGGCACCGCGAGAGCUCCCCCAAGGUUGUCUCCAAAUACAUUGAAAGUCCCGUCUUGUUCCUCCGAGAAGAUGUGGGGAGGGUCAAGUUCGACAUCCGCUACAUCGUGCUCCUGCGGUCGGUGAAGCCCCUGACGUUGUUCGUCUAUGACGUGUUCUGGCUGCGGUUCUCCAACCGGCCCUUCGCACUCAACGACCUGGACGACUACGAGAAGCAUUUCACUGUCAUGAACUACGACCCGGAAUUGGUGCUGAAGCAGAUGCACUACGACGAGUUCGUCCCGGAGUUUGAGAAGCAAUACCCAGAAUUCCCCUGGAAGAGCGUCCAGGCUGAAAUCUUCCAGGCCUUCACGGAGCUGUUCCAGGUGGCGUGUGCCAGGCCGCCCCCGCUGGGCCUCUGCGACUACCCCUCAUCCCGAGCCAUGUAUGCCAUUGACCUCAUGCUGAAGUGGGACAGCCGUCCAGAUGGGAAGCAAGUGAUGCAGCCGCAGCUCCUAGAGGUGAACUUCAACCCAGACUGUGAGCGGGCCUGCAGGUGCCACCCGACCUUCUUCAACGACGUCUUCAGCACCUUGUACCUGGAUGAGCCUGACAGCUGCCCCGUCACCCGCCUCGUCUAGGCGCCCGCGGGCCCUGCUGUGGGUGCUCGUGGGCAGAUCGCAGCCUCUGUUCCCGGAGCUGCUUCUGCACCGUGCCCCCGCCCCCCGCCCCCACUCCUCCUGCCCCCACCCUGUGAGCCGCAGUGGCCCCAGCCUCACACCCUGGCGGCUCGGGACCCCUCCCCCGUCGGUCAGGAGCAGGCCCAGCCGUGCUGCCCCCGGGGCUGAGCGCUAGGCCCCUGCUCACACCCCCCUUACUGCCGUCUGUGUCUGUUUGGUGAUUGGUCUCAGCUCAGCCACGGGCUUUAUUCCGGAGAGUUCGCUUCCUGGGGUGCUGUGCUUCCAGAGGGCGUUAGUGAAAGGGGUCUGGGGAACACGACAUGGUGUUGUCAGAAACAAGCUUCCCUAGGAGCACCCAUGGGAGCCCAGCGGUCAACAGGCCCAGCCUGGCUGCUUCCCACGCUCUACCCCAGGCCCUGUGACAGGCGUCCCCAGGUCCCCCCUAGGAGCCUGCUUCUCAGACCCAACCUUCUCCCCCUUCACCAGCAACCUCCCUUGAAGCUCCGGGGCAGGACAGCCACUGCCUUUGGUUGCUGUUGCCUUUCCAUUUGGCCCCGUGGAAAGGGCCAGAUGUGGCACCAGCACCUCCCUGCCCGCUGGGCACUGCAGUGUUUCCAGCCUCGCCUGAGUCUGGCUGGGACGCUCCAGUGAGGGGACUCGGGGACAGGUGUGGGCAGCAGAGCACCAGGCAGUGGGCGGCUGAGAAGGAUGCUUCCAGAGAGAAUGCCAUCUCCCACCAGCUAGAGUCAGAAUGUGGAGGUUUUGUAACUUUUUCAUUUAUGGGAAGAAAAUACAAAAUUUUUGUUCUUUCCUUAAUUUUGUUUCUGAAAUCUUGAGUCAGUUUCCAGGGUAGUUUGUGUUGCCACAGUGUACCCAGCCCAGCUAACCAGACGGCGGGUGUGACUUUCACGGAGGAGCUGCCUGCAGAGCUUUCAUGUGUGUGUACGUGUGUGCGUGCGUGUCGUGUGUGUGUGCGCGUGCAUGCAUGCGUGUGUUGGGAGGUGCUUGUUUCAUUCUGAAGCCAAGGGUGAUCCUUGUGGCAAAACUGGACUCGACUGCGCCUCCCGCUUCGUGUCUUUUGGGGAGUGUCCGUCCACUGUCUCUGCUAACCAGAAGUUCAGCCUGUGUUCUGGAAAACACCCUUUCCUCCAGCCAAGGAGAGGUUCAGAGGGCAGGACACCUCAUCUCUGGUUUUCUCCGUGGGAGAGCUGCUGCGUCCUGUCCCCUCCUGGACGUGAUUUGUACCGCAAUAAAGUACGCCUUCUCUA